CUUAAAGAAAACGACAAAGGCGCCGUCAAGCUAACAAACACUGUCCAGAGCCCGCUCACUGCUGCUAUGGCAGGUUGUUCUUCCAGCCGGUUUGUGUAACUUUGUGAGCCGGAGAUGGACGACGAGCUGGAGAACUUCAUCAGGGAGCGGAAGGCCAGAGUGGCUGAAGAUAAGGCCAGCUUACAGCAGGACCCUCCGUACAUGGAAAUAAAGGCAAAACCAUACAGAGCGUAUGGAUCCACUGUUAAGGAGAACAUCCCUCCUAAGCCAGCAGCACAGGGAAAAGAGGACGGCUGCAGUGUCGGCCUGCCCCUCGGUGUGGAGUAUGAGAGGAAGAAGCAGAGGCUGCAGCAUGAGCUCCGGAUGGACUACAGGCGCUACAUGGCUCAGAGGAACCACUUUGACCCCGGUGGGCCUGGACCUUUAAUCCACCUCGAUAACAGGAGAUCUGUCAAGCAGCACCUGCUCAACCCGGCUGGUGUUGUGCCCAAACAGCGGCCCUCCCUGCAGAGGGAUGCAGCCACUCUAACAGAGGACGGAAGAGGGCUUCACAGGGCUCUGCGCCUCGCGGAAGUGAAAAACCUCUGCCCCGAGGAGGAGGACGAGGAGCAGCUGUCAGAAGUUCCCAGGCAUCGUGAGCGGCUGGGGAGGCCAGCGGACCAGGAGUCAGAGGAGGAGGAGGAGGAUUACUUCAAAGACGAGCUGGAGCUGAUGGAAGGCAGAAGGCGCAGACUUCUGGGGGUUGAGGCCAGUUAUGAGAAGGCACGAUCCAACAGGACCGAUGGAAGGGACAAGAACACAGAAGGUGUUGGCAGGGAGGGAAGGAGGUGGAGGCCACCGACCAAAAACGAGGAGGCUGAGUUCGCCACUGGUCUUAUAAUAGGAGCUGCUGACACAGAUGAGGCUUUGCAGAGGAGGAAGGAUCGCUACAGACAGGAGCUGGAGGAGCAGAUAGCUGAACAGCACCGCAACAAGAAGAGGGAAAAGGAUUUGGAGUUGAAAGUUGCAGCGACAGGAGCAAAUGACCCCGAGAAGCAGCCGGACCGAAUCAGGCAGUUUGGACUGAGCAGGAGAAAAGAUUCUCAGGUCUUGGAGCCCUCACCAACAGGGGAGAGUGGAUCGUCGUCCAGAGCGCUCACCCAUAAUGAGAAGACUGGUGUUAGAGAGAGAGGCCUGCCUCCUCCUGAGCAGCCCUAUGUGGCCUUCCAGUCCCCGGUGCUGGAGUACAGCUCUGCCCUGGGCCUGCCUCCCAGCUCCCAGCCUGCCGCCCCCUCUUUCCCCAGCGCAAUGGACAUCCCCAGAAAUCCUCUGUUUCCUCCCCACCCUCCUUCGUCUCUAAGUGAGGUCUACAGAAGCCCGUAUGGAGAACCGCAUCACUACUACGGCACCAGAAACCUGCUCGACCCAAACAUGGCCUACUAUGGUCACCUGUCUGUUCCUGGUGCUGGCCUUCCCGUGUCCUACUGGAAUAUACCACCAGGUGGAGCUGUGCCCAGUCACUUUGGAAACCACAGUCCUCACAGCCAGCACAGUGGGAGCAGCUUCCCUGAGCCUCCAAUACAACCCAGCCAUGACCCUGCAACUGGGGACAUGGAACUCAGAGUUUUCCCUUCGGACAGGUCCAGAUCAACCAGGGAGAGGAUACUGAGCUACAGAGAGGCUCUAAAGCAACAGAUCCAGGAGCAACAGGAACGGAGGCGUCUGGAGAGGGAGGAGAAGGACCGAUAUGAAGCCCAGCUGGAGGCAGACAUGAAGAACCACCAGCCGUGGGGGAGAGGUGGAGGAGGAGCCCCGCUGAGGGACAGCACCGGAAAACUCAUUGCUGACCUCAAUCAGAUGCACAAGCUGAAUGAGGAGGCCAACAGCAAUCCGGAGCAGUGGCAGAGGAGAGCCACGGCUGCCAUGACGGCCCGCCGGGCAGAGCUCUCCGACCCCAACGAGAGGGUCUCAGGUUUCACCCAUGUCCAAACACCACAGUUUGCCAGAGGCAAAGUUUUUGCCAACCAGCCCACUGAGCAGCAGCUCCAGGAGCAGGACAAGUACAAAGCUUACCUCAAACAGCAGAUUGAGGAGAAAAUGCGUAAAAAGGCAGAGGAGAGGGAACGAACCAGACUGGAGGAGGAGAAAGAGGAGAAGAGGCUGACAGAGCAGAGGGCUCGCAUCCAGAGGGAGUAUGAGGAAGAACAAGAGAGGAAGAAACGAAAGGAAAUGGAGCAAAAGGCCAAGAACGAGGAGCUGAUUCAGCUGGCCGAGCAGAGGAAGAAGGAGGCAGAGAGGAAGAAGAAGGAGGCAGAGGAGAAGGAGAACGCAGCACUGAGGAGACAGUUUGAGAGAGAAAGGCAGGCUCGAGUGGAGGAGGUCUGCAGGGAGCCCUCGCCUCCCAUCCCCACUCUGCGGAAAAAACAUGGGCCGCACCAGUACACCCCCAGACCCCCCACUGUGGACAGCCAGCAGUCUACAGCCCCCUUGUCUGAGCGUUCUUUGUCGGGUCUCCAGUCUCCUCCUGUCCCUGCUUGUAGGAACCAGCUUCGAGCCGCAGGAGACCAACGAGACUUGUUCAGGGAGCUGUCAGCGUUGCGUCGGCAGCUUCGCAGUGAACAGAAACGUCUGGAGGGUCACAUGCAACAGGGCGACUGGGAGGAACUGGACUCUCCUCUGAGUAACAGACAUCGGGGGCGUCCCGCGGUGGACGUGUUCGACAUGGCCAGGCUGCGGCUCCAGGCUCCGGUGCGCAGGCCCAACUCCAAAAACACGGAGCCCAGAAACCUGCUGCGAAUCCACGACUCCCUUCAGCUCAAGUACACAGAUGGGGAGUCGAGGCUGGGCUCCAGUGAGGAUCCUAAGCUGGAGGAAGUGGGCACCAGGAGGAGACGGGACUACAGAGAGCCAUAUCACCAGCUCAGCAGCCAGAGGUCGACAGUCCAGGACGACUAUUUUGACCUGUCCCCACCGCAGCAAAAUCACUACCUGAGGAGUGCGAUUGGAGGAUCUGCGAGAGGUUCACUGCUGGAGUCAGAGAGCGCCUUCAUUGACCCCCUCGGCGACGCCUCUCCAGUGCCGCAGACCCCAGAACUGGAGAAGAACCGUCAGCUGUCGGCUCGAGAACGGAGGAGGAUCGCCAAGCAGUCCCAGCACCCACAGGAACGAGCUGCUUCUAGCCAACCCGUUCGCCAUCAUGACGACUACUCCGCCCACACAGCCAACAGGCUGCAGCAGGAAGCAGAGCCGGGCGGCGAGUGGAGGAGCCUGAACAGGACGGGUCAACCGACGGCGCUCAGCCGCGGUGGCACAGCCGGACUGUUGGAUCUGUCAGAUGACGACUCCUCCCCUUCGGGCUUUACGCCUCACAAUCCCGACCAUCAGAGCUCUGCUGAAACCGUCGCCACUGAUCACUGGAUGCGGCCGGAAACAUCGGACACGCUGAAACGAUUGGAGCGCCCGUUGAGGAGGGAGCGGUUGACGACGUAGGAACUCGUCCCUCAAAGUUUGGACACUUUUGACAGCACGCUUAAUUCAAAGGUUGAAGGAGCCAUUUUGGAUUAUGACGGUUGGUUUUAAUUUAAAGCUUUUAUGACUGACGGAUGAAUAUCUGUUUGAAAAAUUAUGAUGGUUUGUACUUCUUUUAAAUAUCUGUUAACAUCAAAACCUCAGUAUUUGAUCCCACAGUGGGAACUCUACGUGUUUUUGUCUUUGGGCAUUUAUUAUUUUAUUGACUAAAUUAUGAUUUAAAUAAA